UGGGGCGCGUGUUGAAAAAGAGGAGUGCUGCCAAAGUUUGGGUCAGAUCGGCUCGUGGAGUAAGCAGUCAAGAGAGACUUGGACUAGAGUUAGCCACACGCACGGUCCCCACGCGAAGGACACGAGAGCUGUACACUGCCAACCACUCCUGCUCUUCCCACUCUUCUCGCCCCACUUGUUUGACGCUGCACCCUGCAUCCAUCACGUCCAGAACUGUCAGCGAGAUGGAGACUACAACCAUCACCACUACGCAGACCGCGUUCACUUUUGGACUUAGCGAGAGAUGCGCCACCAUCAGCCUGCACGCCCCCGCGCAGGACUGCGCGGUGCCCGCCGUGCACGUCAGCGACGGCGCCGUCGGCUUCCAAAGCAAAACCAAGGUGCUGAAGAGACAGCGCUCCAGUUCGCCGGAGCUCCUGCGCUGCAAGCGGCGCCUGAGCUUCAACGGUCUCGGCUACUCCAUCCCUCAGCAGCAGCCCGUGGCAGUGGCCAGGCGGAACGAAAGGGAGAGGAACCGGGUCAAGCAAGUCAACAUGGGCUUCCAGACGCUGCGUCAGCAUGUGCCAAACGGCGCCGCCAACAAGAAGAUGAGCAAAGUGGAGACCCUGAGGUCAGCGGUGGAGUACAUAAGGGCUUUACAGCAACUUCUUGACGAACACGACGCAGUGUCGGCUGCUUUCCAGUGUGGACUGCCAUCCCCGACGCUCUCCAACAGCUACUCAGCCGACCCGGAGUCACCUCACUCGACCUACUCAUCAGAUGAGGGCAGCUACGAGCCUCUGAGCUCCGAGGAACAGGAGCUGUUGGACUUCACAACCUGGUUUGACAGGUACUGAGGCUGUCAACACCUAAGCCACGCCGUGGCUCGUGUGCGUAAAAGCGUCCGUAUUCUUUCAGAAAUGCCGACAAAAGACAUGACAAAGGCAUCAGAUCUGCCUUGCCCCCCCGUGCUUCGAAGUGAUCCGUUGCCUCCCCUCCUCACCUGGGCUGCUUCUGCAGGAGCGAAGCAACAGUGAGAAAGACAGACCGAGUUUGUGUGUGUGUGUGAGAGAGAGGGAGCAUCUUGUUGCAUAGAGCAUAAGUAGUCCCCCCCCGAAGUCCCCACAAGAAGGAGGGAGUUGGACUCAGCGACACGUUGACGCGUGGAAGUGAAGAACUGUUGAUGUUAUGUUUGAAUAAGUGCAAUUAAUAAAGGACACAGCAGAGACGGUGCUGUAGACCCACGAGAGCUGUUUGAUGAGAGUUUCAUCAGACCGGGACUGCCUUCCUCAGCUGCCACGUCUGUUGGAAGACACAGCAAAGAUGAUGCGUCAGCAGACUUUAUUUUUAUUUUAUUUUAUUUUUUUCUGAUGUACAUUUCCCCCUAUUUCAUAACAAAACUGUAUCAUACAACCAACUGCUUUAACACGAAGACGUAUUUUUGUACAUUGAGUCAAACAAACAAUUUUCCCUGUCAACGUUCACUGCCACUUUCCUGACAGUGUUUGUGAGAACCAGUCGUCAGAUGGCAGUGACUUGUGAUGUGUGUGAGUUGUGUGUGACUGGACAGCAAUAUCAAGGCUACUACCUGUGACAGAUUGUAGUUUUUUAAAUAGGUGGUAAGGAGACAUUUCAUAAUGUAUGCACUUGUUCUCAAUUUCCCCUAGCCUAAAAUGUAAAUAUUUGAUUUUAACAGAUAUAUUUUGUGUAAAACAAGUUUUAUAAAUAAAGAUGAAUCUAUUUAUUAUA